GCUCGCUUUUCUUUCCAUUUUCCAGUUCGGUACGCUCUUCGUGGCGCAGCCUCAAACUCCUGCUCGUCCCCGUGCCUGCUGCCCCUGGGCUCGCGUGGACCCCGUGAAGCUGAUGGAAGAGAGAAAGUGGGGACACGAAGCAGAGUUAGCGAGGGGCAGGAAAGCGAGCAAGAGCGCGGGGGGCUGCGGCGGGGACUGGGAUUGGAGGGGGGCAGGGAGGGGACAGGGGUUAAUGGGUAACAAUCCUCGUAAGGCGACGAGCAAUUGCGCUCGCGGCAGCCGCAGCGGCAGGGGCAGCGGCAAUUGCCCCAUUGCUGUCCUCGGGUUCGCCGGGCAGAAGGGCACGGGGACUUAGCGGAUGGAUGGUCGCGCGGACGAGGAUUUCGUAAGCCCAAGCAUCCGCAUGCAGAACAAACAGCGACGCUGAGAGCGGGGGCUAAGGACACGCGCACGAGGCAGCCGGACAGAGCACAGGAGAGCCAGCCGGGGACAGAGGGAGGGAAGGGGAAGUGUGAGGGGAAGGGGGGAGGGGGAAGGGAAGGGGCGGUAAGCUCAGGCCUCGGGGCCAGUCGCGACUGGGCUGGCGCUUCUGGUGCUCGAACUGCAGCGCUAUUUAUUCUCUGACUCCCCCCACCUUCGGAGCUCUUGCGAACGAGGCCCCGAAACAGUCCCGAACGCAGUGGAGCUCGUCGAGGACAGCGACAGCAAAAGUAAUUUGUUGGGCCACCGCCGAGUUCCGUCGUCGCGCGAGGAAGAGGAGCGAGGAGAAUUCGCGGAACCGCGCAGCGCGAUCAGUUUCGGACGGGGCCAGAGCCGAAUUGGAAUCAUGGGGGAGGUGGAAUUUGCAACGGUGGACGAGGGCAACGGAGUGCAGCUUUCCGUGAGGCUGUACAAGCCCGGGGAGGACGUGAAGGAGAAGAAGAACGCGACCCUAAUCUUGGUGCAUCAGUAUACGGUGCUCGGGGGAUGCCAGGGCCUGAUGAAAGGGAUGGCGAACCUGCUGGCCGCCAAGGGCUUCGUCGUCCUGACCUUCGAUCAGCGAGGCGCGGGCCGCUCGACGGGGAGAUCCACCUUCACCGGGAGCGCCGAGGUCAACGACGUCGUGGCCGUGAGUCGCUGGGCCGUGGACAACAUCCCAACUUCCUCCAUCGUCCUCGUCGGAUCCUCUGCGGGGGCCCCGAUUGCAGGCUCGGCAGUGGAUUGCGUCGAGGAAAUCAAAGGCUACGUGGGUUUAGGGUACCCAUUCGGGUUUCUGGCCUCGGUGCUGUUCGGCAGACACUACAAGACUGUGCUGCAGUCGCCGAAGCCCAAGCUGUUCGUCAUGGGCACGAGAGACGGCUUCACCAGCGUCAAGCAGCUGGAGGGCAAGCUCAAGACCGCGGCCGGAAGGGCGGAGAAGCGCUUGGUCGUCGGCGCCGGCCACUUCGAAAUGGAGGGACCCCGCUACGACGACGAAAUGGUCGGCUACGUGGUCGAAUUCGCCGACAGCCUGGACGAGAGCUCAUGACCUCCCGAGAUCUCUGUCUCUGUCUCUAUCUCUCUCUCUCUCCCACCGAAUUUACGACCUCGGGUCCAAUCAUGUCGACAGAUCGGUCUCCACCGGCAAUUCUCUUCCCACGGGUGCGCAGCAGAGCCGAAGCUUCUGUCGAGAAUUCCGAAGGAAGGGGGCGAGCUGCUGCCGAUCUCGUCGACGUCGCCGAGCUCGUUGUACUUUAGUAGAUGUCAAGAACGGGGCCAGAAAUUGAUGAAGUUUAGAUGGUAGCUGUAGCCUCGGGGAAUGAUGGACCCAGACAGACACGAGCACUCAUCUGUGGAGAACUCCAUGUCCGGAGUGAGCAGUGGUUGUAGUAGUGGUAGCUCAGCGAGCACGCCGUAGAUGAUUACGCUGCAGAGGGGAGUUCACGACCUCAUGAAGGAAUGAACGGGAGGCGACAUAGCGUAUGCGGGGGGUGCAGGCUGAGCGUCUCGUGGCCACGAGAAAGAGUUGUCAUCAUGUGAAAUUUUUCGAGUAUUGAUUGCAGAGAUGAAUGUACAAAAUAUUUUGAAUGGCAAAUCCGAGGGUCGGAAAUGGAGUUUGUAACUCUGUACAGAGAUCUCGAACGAUUGCACGUCCACGAACUGCGUCGUCGUGG